GUACUGCUCUGACUGAGAGGCGCAUCCUCCGCCCGGCGCAGCUUCUGGAUGGUACCCGGGCUCCUGUGCGCCCCGGAAUAGUCACCUGCGCGCCCCGGAAUAGUCACCUGUGCGCCCCGGAAUAGUCACCUGUGUCCUGGAUACACCUGCACCGCUGCACACCGGGGUCUCCGCCGAGCUCCGGAAUCCGGGAGUUGUGGCCGCGGUUUGGAACUCAUGUUCUCCAUCCAGGACACUCUCUCCCGGGGAGGACUCACCAUGAAGGAGGAACCUCUGUCUGCUGGACUCUCCCGGUCCUGGAUGCAAUCUUCAGGGAUACUGGACUCCAGCACUGCAGCGCAGAGUGGUAUCGGCCUGGCCAGAGCUCACUUUGAAAAGCAACCACCUUCAAACCUCAGAAAAUCCAACUUCUUCCAUUUUGUUCUUGCACUAUACGAUCGCCAGGGCCAGCCGGUGGAGAUCGAGAGGACGUCAUUUAUCGACUUUGUGGAAAAAGACAAAGAGCAGAGUGGUGAGAAGACAAACAAUGGGAUUCACUACAGAUUGCAACUUCUCUACAGUAAUGGUCUCAGAACGGAGCAGGAUCUAUACGUGCGACUCGUGGACUCUAUGUCCAAACAGGCAAUCAUCUAUGAAGGACAGGAUAAGAAUCCGGAGAUGUGCCGCGUCCUUCUUACCCAUGAGAUUAUGUGCAGUCGCUGCUGUGACAAGAAGAGCUGCGGGAAUCGCAACGAGACCCCCUCAGACCCGGUCAUCAUAGACAGGUUCUUCUUAAAGUUCUUCCUGAAAUGCAACCAGAACUGUCUGAAGAACGCCGGGAACCCGCGGGACAUGAGGAGGUUUCAGGUCGUGGUUUCCACAACCAUCAAUGUGGACGGCCAUGUGCUCGCUGUGUCCGAUAAUAUGUUUGUGCACAAUAACUCCAAGCAUGGGCGCCGUGCACGUAGACUGGACCCUACAGAAGCAGCCACUCCCUGCAUCAAAGCCAUCAGCCCCAGCGAAGGAUGGACCACGGGGGGAGCCACAGUCAUCCUGAUAGGAGACCACUUUUUUGAUGGGCUGCAGGUGGUGUUUGGCACGAUGCUGGUGUGGAGUGAGUUAAUUACCCCCCAUGCUAUCCGAGUGCAGACACCCCCGAGGCACAUCCCUGGAGUGGUGGAGGUCACACUGUCCUACAAAUCCAAGCACUUCUGCAAAGGAGCUCCGGGACGAUUUGUCUACACAGCUUUAAAUGAACCUACAAUAGACUACGGAUUUCAGAGGCUGCAGAAAGUGGUUCCUAGGCAUCCAGGUGAUCCAGAGAGACUACCGAAGGAGGUCCUGCUGAAGAGGGCUGCCGAUCUGGUGGAAGCGUUGUACGGCAUGCCGCACAAUAACCAGGACAUUAUUUUAAAAAGAGCAGCAGAUAUCGCUGAGGCACUGUACAGCGUGCCGCGCACCUCCAACCAGCUGUCCUCGCUAGCCACCAACCACCCUCAUGCCGGAAUGAUGGGGGUCAACUCUUUCGGAAGCCAACUGGCCAUCAAUAUCGCAGAAUCUUCCCAGAACUCCGACCAAGAAGGGUCACCAUUAAGCACGAGCUCUACGCAUGUUGGUGGAGCCUCUUGGCUUGAUGGGAGGAGGUCGGUAUCGCCGCACCCCACGGGGGAGCACGUGAACCCCUAUUUUGCAUUGCAUUUGGGCUACUCCCGGAAUACGAGCAGCGCCUCCCCACGAGGCUACGUCCCCAGCUCCACCCCUCAGCAGUCCCAUUAUAACACCAUCACCUCCAGCAUGAACGGCUAUGCAGGGACAGGGAUGACCAGCCUGGGAGUACCGGCAUCUCCAAGCUUCCUCAACGGCUCCACCGCCAACUCUCCGUAUGCAAUUAUGCCGGCCAGUCCCCCCCUCGGAGCAUCCUCCAUCACCCUCUCAUCCAGCGGGAACUCCGCCACCACCGCCGGGGUCUUCUCCUUCUCGCCAGUCAACAUGAUCUCCGCUGUCAAGCAGAAAAGCGCCUUUGCGCCAGUGGUGCGGCCCCAGAAUUCUCCCCCACCUACCUGUACCAGCUCUGGUGCAAACAGUCUCCAAGCCAUGACUGGCCUCAUAGUGCCACCUAUGUAGGAGGAGCAGCCCAAAUACGGGUACCCUAGACUGGCCCUCCGCUCUGGUGAACAUGGACCUUUGAGGCUAGUUUGAUUUGGACCUUCUCACUGGGACAACAGGACACGAGAAUCCAUGACGUCAGACUGGUUGCCUGAAGGGAUUCAUAUGUUACACCACGGGAUCUAUCAGACAUGGGACAUGCCACUUACCUGCUAUAACCAUCUCUGUGUGAAGGACAAGCAUUACACAGAAAAGGACACCAGUUAUUGUAGGACCAAACUUUCCAUAUACAUUGUGAUGGACCAUUUCCCUGCAUAAGUGGAAGAAGUGGGACCAUCCCUUAUUGGGUUCUAUCAUUUGUACCCUAAAAUGCACUGAGGGUCCAUCCCUCUCCAUUCGCUGAAACUGGACAGAGCGGGAGACCUUGAUAUCGGGGAGAGACCUGUCUCAGGAGAUGUUGCACCUUCAUCCAGUCCAAGGCCUGAAGCCAGAAACGUGGCACCUGGUCUGGAGGGAUCACACACAACCUAGAACAUCCGAGUUCUCUCCAAUCAUUUACGUGAAGCCGUGAUGUAGUCUCAGACAUGUUCUCCAUACCAUAAUGACCUGGGGAAGUUUAAGGUGAAGGGUGAAUACUGAUUGUUUUUGUACUGCACUUUCUAUGAGUUUUUGGACACUAAGAUUAGAAUACAGUAAGAGAUGUUUUAGUUUUGGUCCAGAAUUAAAUUAUAUGAAUACGUUCUUCCGUCUGUUGUGAAGCUAUCAUGAUUACAAUACAGGGACAGUGCAUACUCUUAAAUAGAUGGGUUACUAGAUAUUACCCAACAUGACUUAUAGCGGUCAGUUCAUUAGGCUUUUAUACUGAUGUGUUUUGCAUUAAAUGACAAAUAAAAAUGAAGAGUGUACCUUGUGGACGAAUGAACCAGGGUGACUUACAGUAAACUAUACAGUAUGCCCUACUAUAUAUAUAUAGAAUGGUCUUCUCCUCCCCUGACACUGUCUGGCAAACCCUUCAAUGAACGGAAAUCUGAUUCUGUGACCGAAGACACGAAGUAAAGGACUAGGUUAGGGGCAAGAUGGUGGGACCUUAGAACCGGGACAUGAUUCUUACAUGUUGAUGUCAUUAUUUAUGUCAUAUAUUAUUUAUUGUUCAUGUAUCUGUCACCAACCCCAUGUAUGUUUGUGCAUCACCCCAUCUGGCCCGUGUUUAACCCUCCUCACCUACUGCUGCCCCUUUCUCCUGAAGAGCUGACACUCCUGAAAUAAGGUGAAAGUUAAUUCUUUAAGAAUUUAAAUAAAGAACCUUUUUUGAAACACCAGAAAGAAAAAGAACCUUUGUCCAUUCCUGCCGUACUGUACCGCAUAUACACCAUACUGUGCUGUUAAAUGGGAAGGGGACCAUAGGUGGCCCAUUUCUGUAUCACACGCAAUCAUUGGCUGACCAGCGUCUGUGUGCCCCCCGUAAUUACAGUAUCUCUCCGCUGUUGGGUGGUUGGUCGGGUUUGUGGUUCAUUCCUUCACAUGCAACUCCUAACGUUCUGCAGGAAGAUAAUGACGUUGUCCCACCUCAUACCCACAACCGGACACGUCAAUGGGAAAUUCUGGAACCAGUGAAACGCUCCCUAAGAUCUGCCCCAGUUUGUUAGCCGACAGAUUUCCAGACAGAUACUGACAAUAAAGUGGUUCAGUCCAGCUCACAAUUAACAGCAAUUUUACCUAUUUAAUAAAUACUGUGUUUCAGUUUAAGCUGGGGUUCUGUUUUUUUUUCUGCAUUGUACUGUUUUUAUCACAACAAAGAAAGCCGGACUGGAAUGCACCAUUGUACAAUGAAAUAAUAUUGGUAACAAAAAAAUGGAACAAAUAAACUUUUUCAUGAUAGUCUUA